CAGAGAUUAAGCCUGCAGCUGAAUCAGCCGAUUUAUUGUGUGACAAAAAACGCAGCUUCAGUGCUCAUUUAUCCAGUGUGCGAAGAAGUUAAUCUCAUCGAGGCGAAUUUGCAUACAGCGCGCGGAACAAAGUGAGCGGCAAAAGGGUGACGACAGAGCGUCGGCGUCGCCAUGAGUGUCAUGCGGGAGAAAUGCAAUUGCCACUGUUGGUGAAAGAUAAAUAGACGAGCUGGAAGCUGGAUUGAACGAGAGCAUCUCUCAGCCAAUUUUUACAUACAUGGUAAUAAGAUGACGAUCACAAAAUCAGCGAAUUUACUGCAUCAACUCAUCACCAUUGGCUCCGUUUGGCUCUUCAUCUCACAUCUCAGAGUUGGUGCAGCUUUAGAUCUCGCAAAAUGCAAGAAUCCUCUCGGUAUGGAAUCUGGAGCAAUUGCAGAUUUUCAAAUAACAGCAAGUUCUGCUCAUGAUAUCGGCAAUGUGGGACCACAGCAUGCUAGAUUGAAAGUCGAUAACAACGGCGGUGCCUGGUGUCCGAAGCAUAUGGUGUCCAGAGGCCUGAAGGAGUAUCUCCAGAUUGACUUGCUCCAAGUGCACGUGAUCACGGCCAUCAGGACACAGGGGCGCUUCGGCAAGGGUCAAGGGCAGGAGUACACCGAGGCCUAUGUGAUUGAGUACUGGCGGCCCGGCUUCGCCAAGUGGUAUCGCUGGAAAAAUAUUCAGGGCAAAGAGAUUCUAACAGGAAAUAUUAACACGUAUAGCGAAGUGGAGAAUAAUCUACAGCCAAUUAUUUUUGCAUCGAAAGUACGUCUCUAUCCCUACAGUCAGUACGACCGGACGGUCUGCCUUCGCGUGGAAGUGGUGGGCUGCAUUUGGGAUGAGGGACUGAUAUCGUACAGCAUUCCGAAAGGUGUUCAGCGCGGUCUGGAGGUGGAUCUCUCAGACCAGACGUACGACGGCCGAGAGGAGGGCGAUCGAUUAGUUGGCGGUUUGGGGCAAUUAGUCGAUGGCCAGAAAGGAAAUGAUAAUUUUCGGACUGAUAUUCAUGGCUUUGGUAAAGGAUACGAAUGGGUUGGAUGGCGCAACGAUACCUUCGGCGGUGGAGCUGGCAAACCGGUGGAGAUGGUCUUUGAGUUCGACACUGUGAGAAAUUUCACCUCAAUGCUCCUCCACACCAACAACAUGUUCAGCAAGGAUGUUCAGGUUUUUGUGCGCGCCAGCGUCUUCUUCAGCGUCGGCGGACAACACUUCACUGGGCAGCCUGUCCAAUAUUCAUACAUGCCAGACAGCAUCAUGGAGAAUGCUCGCGAUGUCACCGUGAAGCUCCACAACCGAAUUGGCAAGUACUUGCAGGUUCACUUGUACUUUGCACUCCGAUGGAUUAUGCUGAGUGAAGUGUCAUUCGUUUCGACGCCUGUUCUUGGAAAUUUCACCGAGGAGAUGACAAAUGGUAGUUCACUGCCUCCGGACACAUCCCCGGAAUAUCCACUACAAAGAGAUGAAGUUCAAACAAUUCAAACGAAAAGCAAUCAUGUUCCACAGAUCAUCUCCCCGAAGCCCAUCGACCAGGAGCCGGAGCAGAAUUUUGUGGGUGUCAUCAUUGCGAUAUUGACCACAAUUAUUCUACUGUUGAUUGCCAUCAUUCUGUUUAUAAUUGCUAAAAAUAAGCGCAAUCGCCGGGCAGAUGUUCUCGGCACCAUGCCUCACAGCCUCCACCAGGAUGGACUGAAUGUGGAUAAGAGAGCGGCCAGCAAUAUUAAAAUGGCAAUGGACGACAGUGAGUCGAUAGAUAAGAGCAGCCUGUACCAUGAACCCUUCAAUGUCAAUAUGUACACAAGUGCGGCAAGUGGCUGCUCCCUCAAUGAUAUGCAGCGUCAUCAUGUGACUCCGGAUUAUACUGAUGUGCCGGACAUCGUGUGUCAGGAGUACGCUGUGCCACACAUGCAGGAUUUGAUACCCAAAAUCCCUGGCGGCUACUGCAGUGUUCGCCUCACGCCGCCGCCGCUGAAUAACAUCUUCCCCAAGCCGCCGCCCAUUCCGCCGCCGCCGUCGGAAAAGUACUACGCCGCCACGGCAAUCUGCAAGCCCGCCACGCCCACCACCCCAUCCACCGCGAUGAACGCCUACAGCGACGUGGAUGCCAUCUCCACGGAUGACGACUACCAGCUGCAGGAGUUCCCGCGACAGUCGCUGGGCAUUGUCGAGAAGCUGGGCACGGGCAUCUUCGGCGACUUCCAUCUGUGCGAGACGAAGGGAAUCAAUUCUAGUCUGGUUGGUGUCGCAACCCUUCGCUCGAGUGCACCUGAAAAUGUGAAGAGGGACUUUCGAGCAAAAGCCAGACACCUGGGACGCCUGAGUGAUCCAAAUGUGGCCAAAUUACUAGGGGCAUGUCUACGAGAUGAGCCCGUCUGUGUUGUACUAGACUAUAGCAAUUGUACAGGGGAUUUAAAUCAAUUUCUCCAAGAGCAUGUUGCGGAGACAACUGCCGUUGGGGUACAAAAUAAUUCGCUCAGUUACGGCUGUUUGAUCUACAUUGCCACACAAAUUGCCUCGGGCAUGAAGUAUCUGGAGCAAAUGAACUUUGUACACAAGGAUCUAGCAACGAGGAGCUGCAUUAUUGGGCCACAUCUGGAAGUGAAAAUCUGCACUGUGGGUGCGGUGAUAAAUCGUCUCCAGUAUCCAGGAGAUUACUGCCAUUUGGAGGGUGCCGCUGGUCGACAAUCUCAACCAAUGCCAAUUCGCUGGAUGUCGUGGGAGAGUGUUUUACUGGGAAAAUUCACAUCAAAGUCUGAUGUUUGGUCAUUUGCAAUAACGCUGUGGGAGAUCCUGACGUUCGCCCGAGAGCAGCCCUUUGAGAAUAUGAGCGAUGAGAAAGUAAUUGAGAAUAUUGGUCACAUCUAUCAGGAUGAUAAGAAACAUGCCCUGCCACCCAUUCCGAUGAACUGUCCAAGAGAGAUUUAUGAUCUCAUGUGCGAAUGUUGGCAGCGAAAUGAGCAGAACCGGCCGAAUUUCCGUGAAAUUCAUCUGUUUCUACAACGAAAGAAUUUGGGAUACAAGCCGGCCGCAUAUUGACAGGAGGAGAAAUUUUGACUGCUCGACGAGGACUUCGAGGAGAGCCUUUCGUCGAGGGAGUGAAAGAGGGUGGAAAGGGACACGAUUUUCAUGAUUGAUUUCCCCCACAAACACACACACACACACCCACAAACUAUUUUUCCGGCAAUGUGAAGGCAUAUAUAUAUGAAGAAUUCAGGCGGAUAUGUGAAUAUUUGUGUUGUCGAUUGAGUUGUUUUGUAAAAUUAUUUCUCGAAGGAAAUUAAUGUGAAGAUGACAAAAUAUGCCAUUGAAAAUUUCCUCCUCCAUCAGAAGUUAUAUAUAGGACGUUUAGAGUGGUGGAAAGGCAUCAAUUGUGUACAUAUGGAGUCUCUUAGUGAUGUAAUUUAAUAUUCAUGAAAUUAAUUAUUAUAAUUGCUGAUACAAUAUUUAUAAACACCACCCCCAAAAUCCUCCCUGUAUUAAGGUAGAAACAUACAUUAUGGAUAAAUCUGUGGGUUUUGUGAUCAAUAUAAUCAAUCAAUGACGCUCUUCUGUGAAAAGAUAAACCCUUUUUUAUCGUGUGUGUGUGCAUGUAAAAGAGAAUUGCAUAAAGGAAUCCAGUGAGCAAGGAAGAAGUAGAGUUAAUGAAAUUACUAUCAAAUAAUAUUAUAGAGAUUGAUGAAUGAAAAACCUCCCUUUUUUACCACAAAUCCACACUCAAACAUCCAUUUCGCGAACAAGUGCAAGUAAACUGAAUUAGCAAAACCAUGAAUAAAAUUAAAAUUAAUCAGAUAACAUCCCAAAAAAAUCAUGUCAAGUAGCGUAAUACAUUGAUAGCAUAUUUGAAUUAUUAUUAUUGUGGGUAUAAAAUGGUAUUAAUUAGUAAAAAAAAACUUUUUAUGGUAAUUAAUUCAUAAUCACUCAAUGAACAGUAAAUUUUUGAAAUAACACACAAAAAUAUGCAGCAUGAGAGAUUGGUUGGGAGGGGAGAAAAAAAAGGAAUCAUAAAUGAGUAUGAAAUUGAAUUAUUCCGCUCCAUAUUAAUUAUGCAACAUAUUUUAAUCUCGUUUUCUGACUCGAUUUUUCAUAUUGCAUUUAAAAUCCGCGCCUCUUUCCUUUCUCCUCAGCUACGUAUUUAUUUUAUUUUUCUUUUUUUUCACAAUGCCCGCAAAAAUAUUGUUAACCACAGGAAAAAACUGUGUAUUUUUGCCGGAAUUUAACUUUUCAUGACGUUUCUGUGCUUUUUUCUAUAAUGUGACCUCAAAAUAAUUUGCCAAUUAAAACAUUGACAGACAUUUCAGAACAUAAAAACUAACAUGAAUGUGAAAAAAACAACUUUCUCGAGUAGUGUAAAAAGAAUAACUCUUUAUCGCUUUAUGCGGGACAAUUGAUUGCACACAGAGUUCAGUGUAUUUGAAAAUUGAGUGAAAAAAAUGACAUAUUUUUCUUCGGCAUGGAAAAUAAGUCAUGCAAUUGUUCUCUCUUCUGGAAAUCUUUUCCACACAGGAUGAUGAAACACACUAAAAGACGCGCGUUUGUAAAUCUUUAACCUUUAUAGAGAGAGGAUGGAAAAUACUUAAAUUAUCUAUAUAUUAUAUAUAAAGAUGAAGAAAAAAAAAUACAUUGUACUCACCUUUGAGAACUGUACGAAUGAUUUUUGACAAUAACUACGAUGGUAUCUACUCUAAUGACAAGUAUAAGUGAGAUGAGAAUUGAAAAAAAUUGCGAACUUAUGUAAGGAAAAGAAAAUACUAGAAAUUUCAGUUUAUUUUUCUGUGUAAACCUAAGUAAGAAUGUGACGGAAAAUAGCGCAAAUGCGUGUAGUUAAAUGGAGAUUAAAGUGUCAAGAGCGAGGAAAAAGGGUAAAAAUUGAUAAAGAUGUAUAAAUUUCAAAAUUCCAUUCUGAUGUCAAAACACACAUAUAAUAUAAAUUUCUGUAUAUACAAUUUCAAAUAAUUUCUCCUUUCUUCACUUACACUUUUCGCCACUGAAAGUUACCUUUUCUUGGGCUCUUUAAGAACUUUUUCGAAUCUUCCAUUUUCUCUACGAUGUAAAAUAAAUCCAAGCAUUGUUUUAUUUUUGUAAUCUGUGUAAUUGAAAAACUAAGAAAAAAAAGAGAAGAGACUCACUAUAAACCUCAGGAAUUUCCCACGCUUUUUCACACUCUGUCGAUCACUAUGUGUGUCUCGGAAGCUUUUUCCCUCCAGAACAAGGACAAAUCUGUGGCGAAAUGUGCAUUGAUGUAAAUGUUUGCAUGCUUGAUUGAAGAGUCAUGAGUUUUUUUUUCUUUUUGUCCCCCCGUGAAGAAAUGACUGUGUAAAAAGUAAAGUUUCUGUAGGAGUUUCUUAGGAUGAAGUUUCUGUCUAAAAUAGUGAGAAUAAAGGAGUGCGUUUUUUGCUCAAGAGAAACAACCUCUCUUCCCCGUACUUUAUAGGAAUCCAUAUGCGAAAGAGCAAAAAGAAAAUAAUAUUAUUGAAGUAUGAGAAAACACACAAAGAGUGAGAGCGAGAGAGGAUGUAAAAUAGACAUCGAAGAAUAAUUGUUGCCAUAAAAUCAAUCAAUUACUAAUUGUGAUAGAUAAAAAUGCAUUUUUGACAUUAACACACACAGAAAAAAACACAUGCAGUAUGACGUUUUCAUAGUAAACACACUCGGAAGCACAUAUUAAUUAAUUCAUAAUAAUUAUGUAAAAUGACUAAAUGAAGCUGAAUAAUUGAUUAUGUGUCCACCACGAGUCACUCUCUUUUCACAAUUUUACCACACCACCAACAAGACCACCCACUCUCUCCGCCCCCUUUUUUCUGGCCACGGAUUCCAUGGCACAACUCUGUCACUAAUAAUGAUAUAAAUGAUGUUAGAGCUGCAAGAAGCCACCGCAUCAUCCCCUUUCUCCGCAGGGACACUCACUGGCCUCUGCUGUGUGCGCGCGCGGGAGGAGAGCCGAGGGGCGAACGUCUCGCGGGCAUUCCGUAUUGAAUGCAUCACUCUUUAUCCUCAUUUGAAUAAUUCAUCAUCGUGUUUUUCUGCUGCAUCGCUGGGAAAAUAUCAAUACGUGGGGGACUCCCGAGGGAAAAACGUGAUACAUUAUUGAUAUAUUUCCAAAAACCGUGUGUUUGUAUGUGUCCUCUGAACACUGCCAUGAAAAUGUUGCACAACAUCAGGAAGUUUUCUACUCCCGCCACACAUUGAGCGUGGGUGGUGGGAAUUUUUUGUAAUCCAAAAAUAAUAUCCACCGGAAGAGGCAUUUAAAUAUUGAUACAUUAUAGGAAAUUGCGAAUGCAUUUUGUACAACACUAUGGUGAAAAUACUUCUUGCAGAGACAUUCACCCCUCGGGAAUCUCAUACUCUCUUCAUUCGCUAAGUCGAUCUACUCUUGAAUAACUACCAGAGCAUUUUCUACGGACUUAAUACGGUGCUAAUUAAUUUGUCAUUUAAUUAACUAAUUUUUAAUUUCACUUCACCCUCCAUUCCUCGCGCGAUUGAUUUCUUAAUCAAUUCUCCCUUUUGGCUUCACGGGAAAUGAUGAAGAAGAUGAAGAGUCCCAGAUGAAGCAUUUAAAUCUCUAAUUUGCCACUCUUAGAGGAGCCGCUAAAUACAGUGAGAAUUGAGAUAACAAGGAGACAAAGAAGAGACAUACUGAAAAAGAAUAGGAUGACUAGAGACAUUGAAGAUACUCUUAUAGAAUAGAGAGAAAGAAAGUGGAUAAAAUAAUUCUAAAUUUUCCCAAUUUUCCCCUUGUGCCUUUUUCAAAACAACUUGUAGCUAUUGUAUAAACGUGAUUUUUGCUUCUUAUCACAACACACACACACCGAAAACUCACUUAAGAACUCAAAGAAAAAAAAGAGAAAAGUUGAGUACAUUUUUUCACUCUGUGACCUUUCUUUUAUCUGUGUUUUUUACCUGUAAAACUAUAUGACAAGAAUCUCCUUUCUUUAUGGCUUUUCUAUAAUUCUCAAGAGAGAGAAAAAAAGUCAACUAAUAUUGCACUCUCAGGUCUCAAAGAAUUUUCCUUUUUCAUUCCUCCACAAAGAGAGAACCUGAGACAUCUUUUCUAUACCACAAACAUUCUUUGCAAAGAAAUGAGAGAGAGAGAGAAAAAAGAAGGAAAUCAUUAUAUAGGAAAAAGUAAUAAAAAUUAAGUGAGAAAUAUUCAUAUAUUGAAAGACUUGAUAAGUGAAUUAAAAGUAAAAGUGUAUAAUUUUCAUAAAAUGACAACACACGAGACUAGGAGAAUCUUUAUUUUAGUGUUUCUACCUGGAAUUAUAUGGAAUAUUCAUUGAGAUAUUAAAUAUUGAAAGAAAGAAAAAAAAUGAUGAAACGGAAGAUUAAAAAAAAAUUGAUCAUAUCAUAACGUCUAUUGCAACGAUAAAUUACAUUUUAAAGGACAAAAAAAAAGUGAGAUAUUCAUAUAAGACAAGGAGAUGGAAGAACCCAUAUUAUUACCUUAUUGUAAUAUACCUUAAAGAAAACGUAAGGAUAAUAUAAUUGUAGAAAUCAGCAAUGUUACACGAUGAGAAAAAAUAUGAAGAAUUGCUACCCAAAAUUAACCCUUCUUCCAUGAAUUAAAUGCCGGACACAAAUCAUCGUGCAAUCUUUUCACACAUUUAGUCGCGAAUUUUGGCUUGUGUAAUUAAAUUCAAGUGGAGAGCUGAAAAUAAGCUUUUCAAAUUGUGAAAAUGAGCAUUUUAGCGGGUAAAAUCCCACAAUUUUCACCUAAUACAAAAUUUACAAAUGCCAUAACAUCUGCUUUUGCUGAUAUAAUUUGUCAUAAUCUACUUUUAAACUAGUUGCAGCAAAUUAGUAGCAAAGUUUGCACCGCUUUCGGCUUUAAUUUACAUUUAGAGGACAUUGAUGAAGAGGAGAGCUUAUAUAGUAAACUCUCUGUUUAGCUCAUUAUUGUCCACGUUUUCUUCAAUUUAAAACUUUCCACCGUGCUAUGGAUGGAUGAUGGAAAAAUGGGAAAUGCGCGCGAUUUAUAAUUGGCAGAAAAGAGAGCGCACAAAGUCCUUGAAGAUCGAGUGCAAUUAACAGAGCCUAAAUUCAAUAAAUCAUCAGAGCGAGAGUGUGAUUCAUAAAUUUGAGGAUUGCUUCAUUAGACUUUAAUUGAAAAGCACGAUGAUUAAUGAGCCUAAUUCAUUCAGCGCUCAACCCAUUGUGGAGGUGUGACAAAAUUUCAUUUUUAUUCCGUCAGAAGGGUUAAUUUCCCACCCACUUUCACUCCCCCCCAACACCCAAGUAAACACUUCUGUUCAGUGGGGAAAAAAAAUUCACCCUCACGCGAAACUUCAACAUUGUGUCUUCUCAGUUCCUUAAGUCCCCACUUUCUUUAUAGAGUCCGCAACAAGAGGAAUUAAUUUAGGAUGGAAUUUCAUUAGUAAGCAUUAUGUAAAGUGAAAAAUAAGUGAAUCAGUGAAUACCGUCAACGUAUAGUAAGAUAUUUAAAAAAAAAAGCAUAAUUAUUGGUAUAAUGAUUAAAAAAGAGAAAUUUAAAGAUUUUUAAUUGAAUUAUACAAUAUAUUGUCUGGAGGAAAAGAGAGAUGGUGAACCAAGGGCAAGGAAUAACAUUGGAAGAUGUAGAGAAAUUUGGAUGGAAUAUUAUCUAGAUUUAAUAAUUUAUCGACUGAAGAUGAGUAAAAAAGAUAUUUGUAUAUUUAAAUUUUAAUAAUUUUUCAUACAAUAUAUUCCUCCUUUUAUCCUCCCACAUCCCCCCGGAAAAUCAUACACACACAAACUCUGGAUUUACGUUAAAAUGAUGAAGAGAAAUUAGAUGCGAAGAGAAGAAUGAUAAGAUAAAAAAUCACACACCAUGACAACCCAAUUAAGAAGGAAGAAAUAAAGAAUUUAAAUGUAAAUAAUCAAUGAUAUUUGAAUACUAUACUGUAGAGCCCUAAGGAUUAACGUAAAUAGAGAAAUCAUGGAGAAAAUGGUGGAAAAAUAAAUAUGGUUUGUUCUACAUGCUGAUUAUGGACCAAGAGACGAAUAAAGAGAUGAAGAAGAAAAAAAAA